UCCCACUCCCUUCCUUCUUUUACCUCCCUAAACCUACACCCGAAUUCUAAAUCGCAUCUCUCUCCCUCUCUCUGAUCUGAGAUAUUCUGUGUUUGGAUCGAUCCUUCGAAGGACCAACAAUGGCGGUUUCGACUCGUGAGGAGUACGUCUACAUGGCCAAGCUCGCUGAGCAGGCGGAGAGGUACGAGGAGAUGGUGGAGUUCAUGGAGAAGGUCUCCGCCUCCGUCGAGAACGAGGAGCUCACCGUCGAGGAGAGGAAUCUCCUCUCCGUCGCCUACAAGAACGUCAUCGGUGCCCGCCGCGCCUCCUGGAGGAUUAUCUCCUCCAUCGAGCAGAAGGAGGAGAGCCGCGGCAACGACGACCACGUCGCUGCCAUCCGCGAAUACAGGUCUAAGAUCGAGUCGGAACUCUCUGGGAUCUGCGACGGCAUCCUCAAGCUGCUCGACUCCAGGCUCAUCCCUUCCGCUGCGUCCGGCGACUCCAAGGUGUUUUACCUCAAGAUGAAGGGUGAUUACCACAGGUACUUGGCCGAGUUCAAGACCGGUCAGGAGAGGAAGGACGCCGCCGAGAACACCCUCUCUGCCUACAAAUCCGCUCAGGACAUUGCCAACGCAGAGCUUGCUCCAACUCACCCGAUCCGACUCGGUCUCGCACUAAACUUCUCCGUGUUCUAUUACGAGAUCCUCAAUUCCCCCGAUCGUGCUUGCAACCUUGCUAAACAGGCAUUUGAUGAAGCCAUAGCCGAGUUGGACACACUGGGUGAGGAGUCCUACAAGGACAGCACCUUGAUCAUGCAGCUCCUCCGUGACAACCUUACUCUCUGGACCUCCGACAUGCAGGAUGAUGCUGCGGAUGAGAUCAAGGAAGCAGCAGCAUCAAAACCCGUCGAGGAACAGCAGUGAAAAAUCUUUGCUUGAACUGCUAGUUUUAGGGUUUGGAACCUCUUCCCCCUCUCUCUGAUGUUUUUAUUCAAAAAAAAAAAAAAAAAAGAGGCCGUUUUCUUUAUCUGGAUUGUUUGUUUUCCACCUGCUUCCUCUUGGGUCCUUUUGCUCGAUAUCUAUGUUUCUUUCCUUCUUUUCACUUGAACUCCGUUAUGUUCUCGCGAUAUGAAUGAAGAUCAUGAAGUUUUUUUUU